AUGGAGGACAUCCCCACGGAGCUUGUGGUGGAGAUCCUGUCGCGGCUCCCAUGGACCUCGCGCCGGCGGCUGCGCCUCGUCUGCCGGUCCUGGCGUGACCUAGUCCACCAGCGCACGCCGGAGAUGCAGCAGUGCCGCGACGCGGUGCCGCUCGUCACCACCACGGAGUCCGCGUACGUGGUGGGCGUCUGCAAUGGCGUGCUCUGCCUGUGCGAUGACGCCAAGCCCGGCGGUGCCAUCACUCUUGUCAACCCGGCCACCAGAGACACGCUCGUGCUCCCGCCGAUCCCACGCCACGGCCUGUUCAGGCGCCAAAACUCGCGGCGCACUGACAGGAGCUGGCACCAGGCAUACAGCUUCGGGUACCACCAUGGUACAGGGCAGUACAAGGUGGUGCACGUCCCGUGCUUCUUCAAGACCAAGGAGACGUUGCAGGUUUUCACGGUGGGGGAGGCGUCCUGGAGGGAGGUUCCAGCACCUAACGCCAAAUGCAAACUGGACGCCGGUCUCGUCAGCGUAAAUGGGGCCUCAUACUGGGUCACAGAGGGGUCGCAGGAGAAAAUAAUGUCUUUCGACCUCAAGAGUGAGCGGGUAAAACCCACAAAGCCAUUGCCCAUGCCGGCCAUGCCCAUCUGCCACUUGACCGAGGUGCAGCGCAGGCUGAGCACCGUAACUGGCGACACAGACAUGAUCAAGGUUGGACCCUUCCGAUACACGCUUCUGUUCAACGGCAGUGAUUGCUAUUCUGAUGCGCUGAUCCUGUGA